GGCCAGGACAGAGAGUAGGCUUUGCCCCAUGGUUGCCGUGCACUUUGCCUUUGGUUUGGUAGUCGGGUCUCAGCGAUCCAAGCAAGCGUUGCUCUGUCGAUUCUUUGCCUCGUGCGUGCGACCGUGUUGUGGAGCUGUUGGAAACGGAAAUGGAAAUGGAUGCCACCGUGGCAAAGACACUCGCCGGUUUGGACGAGCUGCUGGCAAGAGCAGAGGCCAGUUUGAGCGAUGCGGCCACCAUCAAUGCCGAGCUGGACGCUUUGGAUAGGAGUGGCGCGCAUGCGAUACGGUCGGCCGAGGAGGUGCUCAACAGGCGCAACAUAGCGAUCCAUCACGUCUCGGGAGGGGUCUUCUGGCCACGAGACAUCGCAAAAGUGUUAGUACAGCUGUACUCGAAGCGCGGACUCGCCAACUUGCGGCUUCAGUGGUGCGUGGACGGCACUUUUACGGGCAGAGUUCCGUAUCAAAAGCACUGCUGGCUGCUGAUGUGUCGCGCACUGCCACGGGGGCCAGUACUUACGGCUGGCGCCUUUGUCGGCGAACAUCAACCGGCAGAUGCAGACUUUCUGCAGUGGUUCGUGGCAAGCGCGAACGAAGCGGUCCGGACCGGGCUGCCGACCGGGCGCGGCGACGGAUCGUGCGUCCCCCUUGAACUGGCGCACUUCAUCGGGGAUGUGGCUGCACGUGCCCUGGCGAUGGGUAAGACUCUACACUUUUCAUUUCCUCUUGGGAGCUAACCCAACAUGCUCAUCCUGUUCCUUCUUACCCGCCGUCGUGUUUUAGGAACUAAGUGUAGUGGGUACGAUGCUUGCCCGAAAGGGCAUUGCGAAACCGUAAUGGUAGGCCAUGUACCGUACUACCCUUUAGAAGAAGGUCCGGAGCGGG